AUGGACGAUAGGAAAAAGAGGGCCAACAAGAGGCAGCAGGAGCUGCUGGUUGAGCGCCUCCAUAACAACCUAGAAGUGGCGAGAGGCAAUCAGGCAGAUCCAAAACUGUACAGCAGUGGCAGCAUGUUUGGAGUCCACGUACAACUGCCUGUCACUGAUCUUCUGCUGCGUUACGAAAAUCUUUCAUUUAGUUGUUUAAUAAUAAGCACAAAAUUAGACAUAAUGACUGCCAAGCUAUUAUCGCUGAUCCUUAUUCUUGCUACCGCGGUGUCGGCAGAAGAUGAACCGGCAAUUGCCAGGUUACUUGUGUCCAAGCAAGUACUGAACAAAUACUUGGUAGAAAAUUUGGACAUCUUGGUCAAAUACACUUUGUUCAAUGUCGGUACGGCGCCCGCUGUUGAUGUGAAGCUCGUUGAUAAUGGAUUCCAUCCUGAAGUGUUUGCUGUUGUUGGUGGUCAGCUAUCUGCACAGAUUGACAGGAUACCCCCUCAAACCAAUGUUUCUCAUGUCGUAACAGUGCGCUCUAACAGAUAUGGAUACUUCAAUUUCACUUCUGCUGAAGUAACCUACAAGGCCACCGAAGAUGCCGUUGAGGUCCAACAUGCAAUCAGCAGCUCCCCUGGAGAGGGUGCUAUUGUCGCAUUCAAGGAUUAUGACCGCAAGUUCUCCUCACAUAUCUUGGACUGGGCUGCUUUUGCCGUCAUGACCCUUCCGUCUCUGGCUAUCCCCUUCGGCCUCUGGUACUCCUCUAAGAGCAAAUAUGAGAAACUAUCUAAGCCUAAGAAGUCCCAUUAG